CGUUCAGUGUGUCCACGCGUGAGACCGGUACUCGUUCCGCAGACGCCAGCCGGAGACGAACAUCACUCGUCCGAUACGCUGUCAGUAUAAUAUCAUCAAUUGUUGUUGUUGUUGUUGUUGUUGUCGGCGGCCCGUGGAAAACAGCAUCACCAUGUCCGCGGCGGUAUUCAAGUGCAUAGUCGUGGCGCUCGUCCUGCAACAGGUGAUCGGUGAGUGUCCGCUUUGCCGGCAGUACCUACCCUGUAUACAUACAUACAUACAUAACGAUUUACCAAUGAUAUCCUAAUGGUUUUGUAUAUUUUGUGUGCCCCCUCUGACAGCCGGCGACCAUCAGAGACGGGGCAAAGAGCUGUUGGACACCGAGGACAGCGAUUUCUUCCGGUGCAAACAGGCCACCAGAAAGGUAAGACGUCAACGCCGCCGAGUUGCCGCCCGACGACGAAACACGGCGCGCGAGUCACGAUAACGUAAUCGGGCGCAGGCCGGUGGCACGGCCCGCAGGGUUUCUCGAUAGGGACAAAGCGAAAAAAAAAAAAAAAAAAACAACCUUGAAAUUACGUGUUUUCCGUUAACGUUAAUUUCCUCGAUCGCGUUUAAAAAUCUCACUAUUUGUCAAUGAAAUAUGAAAAUUAAUCGCAUAUUAUCCUAUAUGACAAAAUGUAAUGUAUAAGGAUAAAAUUAUUAUGAUUAAAAUGUAUGCAUUUUUUAAUCACGGCCACAAGACAGAGCCUUUGUUGCUAGUUCACAGGGACCUUAUUUAUUUAUUUAUUUUUUUUUUUUUUGUAUUAUGACGCCCAAGUUUGAUAUUUAUUCUUAUUGUAAUCAUCACGUAAACCAAAAUAAAUAAUCUUGCAAAUAAUAGUGAGUUUUAUACAGAGGAAAAAUUAGGUUGACUCGUCUGCUUUUUGUAUUAAUUGAAUUUGGCAACGAUACGUAAAAUGACUACUAAAAAGCGAUUUAAAAAAAUCUCAUUGUCGUGUGUACACGGUUAUAUGGGACAAUUUCACACAAUUUUUUUAGAAGCGAAUUUGUUCACGAAAAAUAACUUGCUACUUUGUACUUAAGGAAUUCUUCUGGGUGAUCUUUUAACAGAAUUUUUCAUUCGUAUAUUUAAAGCCAAUUCGUAUAAUUUGUUAGAGUAAAAGUUUCUUCCGAAAAAUUUAGAAUGGAUUAUCGGAGUUUUUUUAGCUUAAAUUAGUUUUCCUGUAGCGACUAUUUGAACCGAUUAAAAGGUCUUUAAAUGUAUUUUUUCGAUUAUUUCCAUUUUAUUUCUGUUUUUUUAAUCAUAUAAAUUAAUACGUGGAACGUAUAUGUCUAUAAAGUUACGCAGCAAAUUAUUCACCCACGUAGAUAUCUUCGCUGAUUAGUAUUUCGAAAAAUUUCGAUUAACUGAAACGAGCCCGCGGAGACUGCACGGGAUCACCUGUAGUAGUGAGCUCAGUUUGACAAACUCUGACGAAAUUUUAUUAAAUAUCCGCCCAACACCUAAAGCUCGUCGUUAAUAUAUUAUAUAGUGACAUCUGCGGUUUAAACGGUCAAAUAUUUGUAUAUAUAUUAUAUAUUGCUAUAAUAUGCAAUUCAACAACUUUUAUUAACAGUGGCUAUUUUCGUGUGCAUUAUAAAAUUAAAAAUGUGCACCCACCGCUUAUACGAUUUUAUUAUAGACGAGCCACAAGAUUUCACGGAUGUAAAGAAAACAUUUUUUUUUAUAUACAUACAAUAAUAUUUUUUUGGACAACAUAUAAAACAAAUAGAACUAUUUUGUUACAUUAUCGUUAUUUUUUGAGGUGAAACUACUACCCACUUGAUUUUUAAAUAAUAACCUUACAUUAACCUACAUUAUAAAUUCCAUAAAUAUUUUAGUUCGAAUAAAUUCGGUGUUGGAUUUUUUAAUAUUAAUGUUUGUGCACGACGGAAAGUCUGAAAAAAUAGCCACUUGCUUUUUGUGUGGCGUGAAUUCGAACAGCUUUAGUAUAAAAAUUAAAGCAUAUAUUAUUACGGGUACUCUAACCUAAUGUAAUCUGGUAUCGAUCCGGUAUUUGCAAUAAUAUAAUAUUAUCCGACACAAAUCUAUCAAAUAUUUUUCUAAAAGUUUUUCAAGUUUGUCGUAAUAUUAUUAUACACGUCAAAUAAUAUAAUAUUUGGAGAAAAACAAUAGUUGACCGUACGAACCUAGGUAAACAGAUACUAUUAUUUAUCUUUCCAUAUACACGAAAUAACACACACGUUAUUCUAGAAGAAACUUUCCACAAAAACGAUUUUACUACAUCAAUAUAGACGCGAUAAUACAUACAAAAACCGUCGCGAUACAUUCGUAUCAAAAUAGAAACAUAUCGGACGUAUUUGGAAAUAAUUAAUUUUUAGUCCAACGUCCUAGUUUAUAAUAAUAAAGAAAGGUGUAAUUAUACCAGAUAUGCAAGGUAAGAUUAUACCGUUAUCUUAAAGACCCGUUUGAAACAUCGCAGCGAUUCUGAACUUUUGUGCGUGUAUACAACCCAAGAUGUUUAUCCAAUGUUUCACGUUAGUAUGGUGUGUUUUUUUUUGUAUCUCUAAACAAUUUUUCGAUUUUACUCUAAUCAAAAACCAUUGGAAAUUUCUUAUAGAAUUUUUAAUCUACCUAGUACGAUACAUUGAUAAGGUUAUUUUUUUAUUUUUUUUUUUUGUAGUUUUCUUAAUAAAUGCAAAAAUUUGACAAUUUGUUGUGUGGUUUUUAUUAAUUCGGGGUUACUUUAGCAAAUGGGGAAAACGUAAGACCAAUAAAACUGCUCAGGAUCGUUUUUCGUUAACGAUGAUGUAUCGCUGAAAAUAGGCGUAAUUAAAUUACUCUGUAUAUCCAGCUUUCUUCUAACUUUCCUCCUAAAACACAACCAUCAACAGUAAAAUAUAUUUUUUUAAUAAAGCUAAAAUUUACCACUAGUAAAUAUUAUAUAUUCUUAAAUUUGUUUGUAUAAAUAUUAAAACAGUUUUAAGUGAAAUAAAAAAAUUCGUUACAAUUAUACACUAGGGUGGAUUUUACAUUUUGAAUAAAACUAUAUUUCGUGUUGUCAUAUUAUCGGAUAAAAAUCACGAUGCAGCGAAGGGUCAAAUUUUUGCUUUUUUUGCCUUUCAUCUUUAUCUCAUUUUAAUUUUCAAAACAAUUUGUUUGCUACUUAAAAAUAUCAGGACGAUCAAAUUGAAGCUCAAAGGUUUAGAAACGCCACGAGAUUAUACGUGAUCCGUGUAAUACUAUAUAAUACAACUUAGUAGUAUACUAUUCGACCGACUGGAAUAUAUAAUUUUCUUAUAGUUAUGUUUUGUUUUAUUUUUUUUUUUUUAACAGCAUUACAGUUUAAUUUUUUAUUUUUACAAUAAAUAUAAAUAUUCAAAGUACGGAUAUAUAUUACAUAUGGAACAAAAUAAAUAUAUCGUUUAUAACACAUUUCAAUUUUUUUUUUUUUUUUUUUUUAAUUAACACAAAAGAAUUUCGUCGAUUCAGUUAUAUAGCUAUUUAAGUUAUGAAAUUAAAUAUUAUAAAUUCUAUUAUUGUACACAAUUUCUAUUGGUAUUUUAGUUCAAAACAAUGGAAUCGAAACCGCGCGUUUAAAAACGCAAUUUUAUAAGGAUAAACGAUUUGUCUUAAAAAAAAAUGUUUUAACUUUCAAAACAAUAGGAUUAAAAUAUUACCAUUAAGUCCAAUGCAAAUGCUCAUUGCACAAUGUACAGAGUAUACCGCAGUUUCGGCUAAUUCUUAUACGUGUAAUUGCUUAGGAAAUUGCCAACAAUUUUACAGUUACAUUCUGUGUAUUAACUUUAUGAAAAAAAAAAAUAAAUAUAUAUAUAUAUGUAUUAUACCGAGCAAAUUACUUAUUCUGGCUGUUGCGGUUUUCACUAUAUUUUUUUUUUUUUUUUUCAAAUAGAUACGGUCCAACCUAUUUUACCAAAUGUAAACUAGUAAAACGUGUUAUUUAAUUUCAAGAGUUGUUUUAUUUUUAUUAUUUUUUUUUUUUUGGUCUCUAAGAGAGAAAAAACACGUAUUAAUUUUCUCGUCGCAAUUGAGUUCUCAUUAACAUUUACUCCAGAACGUAAUAAUACGGUUUUCCACACAUAAAAUAUAAAAUAAGAUUGCCCGAGAGAGAUGAUAACAAAUUAUUCAUUAUUAAUAUUUCCGUUUCAAUCAAACAAAAAUAAUAAUAAUAAUAUGAUUCAAUAUUUUUUUUUAUCUGCGGUUCUAAAAACGUUUAUUAUUUUUUUUUUUUUUUUCUAUAUUUGAUUGACAUUUUAACGAUAGUCAUUAUUUAAAUAUUAUUUUCUUCUUAUUAAUUAUUAUUAUAAUACAAACAAAAAAAAUACAAGUUUUCUGUACAGAAAUAUUCAUUUAUAAAUACUUUGAAUAAGAGUCGAAAUUUUUUUUUUAAUUUUCAAAUUUUCAAUUAAUUUAUACAAUACCUACAGGAAACACAAAAAAAAAUGCGUAAAAACUUUUGAUUGAUUUAACUACUCGGUGAAAUAUAUUCGAUUGAGUAGUCGGUUUUAAUUAACUUGCCGAGUACCUACGGUGUGUAUAUUAUAUUGGGUCAAUAAACUUAACGGAUAAAUUAAGCAGCUGUAAUUCGUAUUUUUCUUGAACGAGCUACUCUGCAAUUUGUAUGCGGUUAAUGUAUUGGUGAAAAAAAAACCAAUUGUACUCGGUAAAUUAAUUUAAUAAAAAAUAAAAAUUUGUUAUCCAUUCGUAAUUGAAAAAUAUUUCUAUAAGUAUACAUUUAAAUGGAAAUGAUUUUGAAAAACAUUUCAGGUGUGUAUACCUAUCGAUACUGUUUCCCAGUUUACUCAUAAAUAAUUAAAUGGUAAUAAUCAAAUCAAAUAUAAUUUAUUUUACAGCAUAAUAUUCGAUGAAAAUAUUCGACUUUUUUACGUAAAUGUUUUUAUUUUUAAAUACAUUUAAUUAUUUAAAGGUUAAACGCGAUAGCUAUUUUUGUGUAGAAUCUAAAAAAUUAAUAAAUAAAAAUAAAAACUUUAAUCACCGAUUAUUAUUAAUCAAAUAGCAAAUAAUCUUACAUUUUAUAAAACAAUGUAAUUUGUUUGUAUCUACAUAAUUUUUUUUUUCCAGACAACAGUUAGGGCUCCCGCCAGGUAGAUUCUUGCUAUUUUGAUAAUAAUAUCUAAAACAUAAAAUAAUAAACUAAAACGAUUUUAUUUAGGUACUAUUAAUUAUUUAUAUUUUUUGUCUUGAGUUCACGCACAAAUUAUUAUUUUUUAUCGUACAUGCCAGCGAUUCGGUCACACGGCAAAUCCAAUGAAAAUAAUAUCAUUCGAUAAAUCUUUACACAUCAGUACAAAUACACUUCUAUAUUAUUAUAUAGUUACUAUACAUAAAAACAGUUAGCAGCCCUAUUCGAAUAAUUGUCUUUUAAAUACUUUAGAAAUACUUUUGUCAGAUGCUUGAAUACAUUUUAAAAAUACUUUUAUCAAAACAGGCUUUUAGGCAGAUAUCGAAUAGGUACUCGAAACUCUCACAAGAGAAAAAUUCGUGUUUCAUAGGUACUAGUGUAUAUAAUAGAAAUACAGUGAUAUUAUAAUAUACAUACACUUCAAACAUUAUAAUUUAGACGACCGUUAUACAUUAUAUUUUUCGGAAACUAUAUUGACACAUUGUGUUGCCUUAUAUUAAAAAAAAUGAUUCAAGAGUGCAAUCUACGACCAUUACUCACUUAAUACAAUACAACACACAACACAACUAUUAUUGUUUCAUUGAAAACAUUAAGUAUACCCAAAAUUAUUUUCAUAAAUCAUUUUUUUUUUCAUACAUGUUAACUAAAUGUUCGUGUUAAUUUGAAAACAUUCUUCUGAAAAAAUACUUAUCCGAAUUCUUAUCUCGUAAUUCGUAUAAUUAGUGAACCGAUUAGCUUCAAUUUAAACUCUUUAGAGGACCACUAAAUGAGCGUUUAAUGAAUCAUUAAAACAUAUAAUAAUUUAUUAGAUUUCUAUUAUUUUAUUAAACGUUUAUUGAACGUUUAUGCAACUCAGCACUGUAUACAUAGAUAUGUUAAAGGCUAUAUAAAAGGAUAUGAUUUUAUUGAUACUCGUUUUUUAAGAAUUAUAUUAUGGUAUUUUCAAAAAUGAUUUUUAAAAACACCACGACAGUUUAAAUAAACUAUUGCCAUUCGUAUACUGUUUGUUUAAAAAUUAAAUGCUAAAAUUGUCAAACUGAUAUAAUAGACGUAUUUUGACAUUUGAAAAUCUAAAAUUUACAUUAUAUUAUAUAUUAUAAUAUUAUAGUAUACCAAUUGUUUGUCUACGAUGUAGUAAUGAAGUGAUAAAAAUUCUGAAACACUUUCGGCAUGAAGUUUACAUGAAAUCUGUGAGAUCUAUUUCCUAACUCCAGUAUUCUGAAUUUCCAAAAAUCGAUUUGGAAAUGUAUAAAAAAAAAUAUUGAAAAAAAAGUGGCUUAGCUAGCUAAUCUCGUCUACAUUUUACGCUGAAUCAACGGACAACGAAUUGGUCUAAAUUACUACAUGUGCCGCGUACGUGUUGGACAAAGAAAGACAAGAGAAUAUCCCCGUUCAGUUUCGAAUCCCUUUAAUGAAUCCCACGAUAAUUUUAUACGGAAUUGAAAUAAUAUUAUUCAACGUUAAAAGACACGUGAAAAUGCGGUCGCUACUCGCUUAAGUUUAUAGGAUCGUAUUUCAAAAUUGUAUGUGUCGUACGUGUGUGUAUGUGUGCGCGUACGUGUAUGUGUAUAUUAUAUGCAUGCGUGUAUGUGUGUGGUUGUGAGUGUGCAUGUGUGCGGUUUGUGUGCGCGUGCGUAUGCGUUUAUUUACCCGAUUAAAUUAUUAUUCCACGCGCGUACGAUUUUUUUUUUACCCGUUCGGGCGGUACAAAAACGUCGGUUUUAGAUUCGUUCGAGCAUGGGGGUCGAAUGUGUGUAUAAGCCCCGAGUUUGUUAGAGCAAAAGCGGUACGUCUAAUCUGGUUAGCAACAACUCGCGCAACGUCGAUUAUUUAAUAAGAUGUUUUGACCUAAAAAUACGCACGUAUAAUAUUAUAUAGACAAACAGGAUGUUUCGAACACGCAUGCGAGCAAAAAAAAAAAUAAAUAAAUAAACAAAUACCAUAUAGUUUUUAAUCAGAUCAUAUAUAAUACAGAUAUAUCAACGGUAUAUUGUAUAUAUAUGUGUGUGUGUGUGUGUGUGUGUGUAAUAAUACUAUCUUAUUAAUAUGUGUAACGCGGCGCCCGUGUAUCGUCUGUGCAACGAAAUUAAAACUUUUCCUCCGGAGGUACACUUUAUUUUUUAUUUUUAUUUUUAUUUUUUUUUUUUUUUUUUUUUUUUUUUUUGAUUUCAAGUCGUGUUGCGGCCCGGAAAACUCGAUGAAGAGAUUCGGCGAUAAAGACAAAACGGCGGCCGACCAGUGUUACGCAGAAGUAGCUGAAAAGUUUGCGUCGACUGCAGGUAAAAUAUCUAAUCGUGUUCGAAAUAAAUUAACUUCCCGGCAGACGGUCGGUUUUAGUAAAAGAAAGGAAAAAAGUGCCUCGUUGAACAUCAUAUAUCAUACUUGCAGUGCUAUAUAUAUAUAUAUAUUAUAAAAUGUAGUUUAUAAUGCAUGAUGUACCCGUGUUUGAACAACUUUUUACUAUAUAAUAUUUUGUUUACGCUCCGGUAACAAUAACAAUAAUAACACGGUAGCUAUACUACCGUAUUUCACCUAAUUACAAUGUAAUUGAAAAAAUAAAACGCUAACAAUAAUGACGUCGGUAGAUUUUUGUAUCGAUACAAAACAAAACGAAAAUAAUGUUUGAUAUCAACGGUUAUAUUAUUAUCAUUCUGACCGAAAAAUAUUUGUAUUUUAUUUUUCUUCCAUUCGGAAAUUGGUUUAUGGCUGACAUGAUAUUUUGAUAAGGGAGAUUAACGCUGUGGGCUUCGUUCGACUUGCGCGCCGCAAUCAAAAUCCUAUUGGCAUUACGCGGAAUGAUGUCCACGAGUUUACAGGGAUGAACUUCGAGUCUCUACACUUGGCAUUAGGACUACUAGGACUACUAUGGGCGAACAUCUCUUAGGUCUAUUUAAGUCGGCUUUUACACGACAGAUACGAACUACUAUAUUCGUAUCUCAGUAUACUGCAAGAACCGAAUAUAAAUCCACUGUAAAGCAUACGCGCUUGUUACCGAAAUAUUUAGUAAAAUACACGUUUCAAAAAUAAUUCAAAUAAAAGCUAUACGAGCCCAGAGGACCGAUGGAAAUAAUAUUGAGAUUAUUCGGGAAUAAUUUCCCAUUAAAGUUUUUCCGACACAAUAAACUCGAAACAAUUCCAGAUGUUUUAAGAAUAUAAUAAUAUAAUAUAUUUAACGCGUAAAACCAUUAAUCUUGUUACAAUGUGACAAUUUCGGGUAGAAAAUAAACUUUCUAUCCAUUAAAAUCCGAAUUCGUAGUCCCUCAGGACUUUAAACUUUUUCCUCGAAUUCAAAAUAAAAUAUGAGAACAUGACAAUAUUAAUUGAAAAUAAUAACAACGUUAGCGGGACGCAUAUUAAAUAUAAUGAUAUUACUGUGAAUUCAAACGAAACACAAGAUAUUUAUUUAAAAAAAUACAAUUAUUUCAUUUUAAAAAAUGUAUUGAAAUCUAGCAUAUUAUUUCGGAAUCGAAUAUAUUCAUAAUAUUUUAACGACCGGUGAAUACAUAAAUCCGUUUCGAACGGCAUUAUAUAGAUGUAUAAUAUACUGCCGCAGAGAUUAUAAUUCAAACUUAUAAACUACAUUGGUAUAAGUUCGUAGUUGUAGGUAUAUACUCAUUUCCUAUAAAACGUAAAUAAAAAGAAAAUACUAUAAUAAUAAUAAGUCUGAAAAACUCGUCAAAACACUUCUCGGAAUCUGAAAACUUUAAACUCUUAAACGCACGCCUACUAUGUGUAUAGAAUAUUUCGCAUCUCUCGCGUAUCGUUCGAUUAUAUUUAUUGGUAUAGGAUAUUGCACGCACUUUGAACUUUUUCUCUGUACGGUCCAAAUAUCGGUAUAGAAAAGAAAAUUAAUCCGCUUAGGUUCUUAUAUGUAUAAUAAUAUACUUUGUUCGCCGCAGUAUUCCUAAUAUUCGAACACUGCAGGUUUUAUAAUCAGUGUUGUAUUUUUUUCUAGAUAGGUAUAGUUUUAUCUGUUAUCUUGUCUAAAUAAACGAUAAAUAUAAUAUCUAGAUAAAACAAUUUUUAUACUUUUGUUAAAUCGAUAGGUGGAAUAAUCAAUUAAUUAAUAGUUGUAUUCUUUAACUAAUAAUUAUUAAUAAGUUACAUAUCAAUCACAAAAUAAUUUUUUCAGAAAUCUAUAAUUGUAUCAAAUUAAGUUCACAGCUUUAAAUACUUAAGUUUCAUGAUAGGUAAUGAACAAAACUAUCGAUUUUUUUUUAUCUAGAUAAAAAGUUGCUUAUUAUUUAUCACGAUUUUUAUCUCAAAGUUGUCAUCUAUUGACAAUAAUAUUACUAUCAUCUAUUCUCGAAUACGUGUGGUUUUUCUGAUUUAACGGUCAGACAAUCGUGAAAAUCUGGGAUCAAAUUUCAGACAGGACGCAUUAAUAUGCUUGACGAACACACGAACGGAGGGCGAAGUAAUUUUUCAUAACAAAGUAUACAGUGUGUUCUACAAAUAUAUGAUUAUUGCUAUGUCUUGGUAAGUAUUAAAUAUUGACGAAGCACUAUUCAAACGCCACGUGCUAUGCUACUCCACUAAUUAUGCUUCACUAUUCACUUCCUACCCAUCAACAGUUUGAAGGUAAUUGAUAAUAUCAACGCCAAAAAGUAUUUAAACUAAUAGUCCAUGCCCAUCUAUUUAUGAAUCUUUAAAUAUAGGUUGAUAAUUUAAAACCAAAUUUAGGUAGUCGCUUCAUCCCCAAAAAUAAGGUGAAAAAAAAUGAGGUUAGUGUAAUAUUGUAGAGCUAUUUAUUUCUUGAAUUAAAAAAAAAAAAAAACAAAAUUGUUAAUAUUUUCCAAUACAAUAUAGCAAUAAUCGUAGGAUACCCUGUUAAACUAGGGUUAGUUUUACUAUAAAUAUAUCGGACGACACGGAAGACGUUUGAAAUAAACAAAAUGUAAUAGGUGUCGACAAUAACUUACACCAACAAUAAUAUAUAGGUACUUGCGUAUACGUCCAGAUUAAUUUCGAGUUUGUGUUUUCGGUACACCUAAGUACUUAUAAAAUAAUAUAUACACGACGUCUUGUUGCUGAAACCGAAUAUGCACGCAUGCAACGAUAAUAAUAUUAUUAUUAUAACCGCCAGCCAGAGUAGGUAAAGUCGAUAUAAAUUUACUCCGAAAUUAAUUUUUAGUGCAUUUCGUAUGCAAAUUGAUAUUAUCGUGGAAUCGGGCGUGCGUAUAUUAUUAUUUCCGCGUUUUGUACGGUAGGUACUUGAGUAGGUAGGUAGGUACCUAUGUUUGUGACGUACGAAUUAAUAUUAUAUUUUACUUUGAACGAUCGUGUUCAAAAGUGUUUGAAUUUCAGUCUCACGGAUAUUAGUAUUUAACGUACAAUAAUAUCUACGCGUGUACAACUGUACAGCAUUAACCGUGCUGUUUAUACCAUAAAAUAUAAUCUUACGUAUCUGAACUAUCAAAGGCGUAGCCGGGAAGAACAAGGUCAAUUGGGUCACGGCGAUCCACCCCGGGCCAUUCUCUUGAGAUUUUGGUAUUUUUGUUUGAUUUAACGUAAAAUAUGAUCAAGCAUAAUAAUAAUAUAUUAUAAUAUUCUAUAAUGCAAGUAUCCUUUCAUUUGUCGAUAUAAAUAUGAUUUAUUUAUUUUAUUUAGGUAAAAAGUCAAAUAUUAAUUUUCAUAGAACUCAAAUCGUAUUGCUUAUUUGACUUUUACAGUGUCACUCCAGUUGUCGGUUUGUGUCUUGAUGGAGUUUCGUAAUUUUAUAAGUUUGCCUUAUCUGUGUAUAGGAGGGCAGUAUUAUAAUAUUAUGGAAAUAUUUUUGUACAUUAAGGGGACAACAAUUUGUAAUUUGAAUGCAGUAUACUUUUCAUUGUUAUAAUAAUGCUGAAAAUGACGUUUUAGCAAUAAAUUAUAAUUUAACUUAAAGAAACUAAUGUUUUUAAUAAAAAAAAAAAAAAAACAAUACAACAACAAUAUUAGGUACAACGUUAAAUUGUAUUUUUAUUCAUAUAUUUUAAAGGUGUUACGCCGAAACAAGACUUGUUUUCUACCGAAGCAGUGAAAAUCACCAAGAAGAAGCAAUUCGUGAGUGAUUAAUUUUUAUUUUUUUAUUAAAAUUACAAUUUUGUUCAUAAAAUUAAUAAAUUUUUUAUUAUAUUUGAAUGGUCAUUGUAGUGCCUUCACGAAUGCAUCGGCAAGAAAAACAAAUUGGUACUGUUAUACUUUUAAUAAUGUUACAUACAUAAAUAAAAAAAUAAAAUACGAUUUAAUUUAAAAUGCAUUUAUUUGUAGCUCACCGAAGACGGUUCACUGAACAAAACUUUCAUCACCGAUUACUCGAUGAACACUAUCUUCAAAGAGCAAUGGCAAAAGCAAGUGGGAGAAAAGGCUUUGGCGAAAUGUCUCGAAGAGACAUACAGUAAGUGCACUAAAGCUCAAUUAUUGUUAUUAUAGUUUUAUACGAGUGACGGUAACUUUUGUGUAAAACUACGUUCACAAUUGUGGUUUAAGAUUAGCAGUGCUCGCAAACAUAUUAUCACACCUGCUUUUACUUAUAACGCUGCACAUUAGACCGCCAAAUAAGCAGCAUUUUUUUUUAAAAACUAGCAUCGUUAGUAAACGUUUACAAUUUCCAAAUGACUACCUAUAUAGGUUUCUAUACACAAUAUACAUUGUACACAUUAUAAUGUAUACAAAUAUACUAAACAUAAUCUUCUCACAGCUUAAAUUAAUAAUAUAACCGUCAUUUUUAUACCCUAUACUACAGACUUACCGUCUUUAACUAGCUUAUACUACUUAUCCGAAUGUUAUCGUCAUGUUGACGUCGAAUUCGUAAAAAAACUAUAACCAUGAUAUGAGCAAACAAUGUAUAGGUAUAUAUUUGCUUGAAAUUAAAUAUCGUUAAAACUGUUGAUAAAUAUCGGAACUCUGAAUUUAUGAAAGACUCAAUAAUAAUAUUUAGGUACACAAGAUGUAAAACACAAAAAUAAUAAUCGAACGUCAUAAUAUCCAACGCAAACCUGUAUGAUCAGAUUUGUAUUCGCUACAUAAUAAAUAUCUGCAGUAUACGACUAAUCAAUGCUCAAUGUGUAUAUUUUGCUUUAGUCGUAAAUACGCGUAAAAAAAUUAACAGAGCAACACAUUUUUUUUAUAAAUUUACCUAUGUCCGUUUAGUUUAUAAAAUCCUGUAUAGUCACCAUUAUAGUUUUAUUCGUAUAUGUAUCGAUUUAAAUGUAAUGCAAUCGUGAAAUCUCUCGUGAAAUUCAAUUAUUUUUUUCUUAUUUACUACCGUCUUCAAAAAUAUAAUUAUAUCGUGUAGUAAUUAUUUUGACGUAGUUUAAUUUGUUUGUUUUUUUUUCCAGUACCGUGGCCAACCGAAGAAACCGAAUACAAGUGCAAUCCGGUUUACGUACAAUUCCAACACUGUUUAUGGUUGGAAUACGAAUCGGUUAGUAUUGAGCCCGUCAUUUUUCGUUUUAUAAUUAAUUUUACGUACCUAUUAUCUUAUUAACUCGUUGAGUAAACCGAACACAUCCAAGUAUAUGCACGAGUUAUCCAUUGACGUUUAUUUAUAAAUAUUAUACUCAUUGUUUCUUGCAUGCAAGAGAUGCGGUUUUUGUUUUGAACGAUUUUACCUUCUUGAAUAUAGAUUUUGAAACAAUUAUUAAAAAAUACAUAAUAUCUACUUAAACGUUAUCAUAAAGAGCAGAAACGACAUACAUGAGGAGAUCAAUAAACGAAUAGCAUCCGGUAACCAAUGUCACUAUACAAUGUUAUGAAACUCUUGACAUUAAAAUGACUGCCGCGCAAUUCGUCUUUAAAUUAAAUAAUGUCUCUACUCGGAUACGGCCAUAGCAGUACUAUUGUUAUUUAUGACUAACAUAGGCACAAAUAAGAAAAACUAGGGUCUUAGCUUCUUCCCGGAAACUCAAUUCAGUAAAUACUGGGUAUGCAUAAUUGAUAUUAUGGAGGAUUAAGCCCUCCAAAAACAUAGUUGUGCUAUUUGCGACUAUAACAACCAAUACACCCAAGUGAAACUUUGGUCAUUGACUAAUUAAUGGAUACCUAAUAUAGAGUAAUAGUAUUACUUUCGAAAGAAAAUUAUAUUCUCAGUACAGUAAUACAAAAGUAGACCGACGAGAGAAGUAAAUAUCAAGUCCUGCAUAUUAUGGUGUUAUAUAACAAGCCAAAUAUAUAACCUAUCAUUCUUUAUAGAAAGAAAACGUCUAGAAUAGUUCGGACACAUUAGAAAAGCAGAUUGCCAACUAUAUAGCUCUAUAGCAAUAUAGCUCGUAAUAUAGAAGACACAGGAGGAACGCGACUUUUAACGUGCUAUACAACAGAGAGAGAAAUAUAGGCUACUUGAUAGCAGCAAUAAUGGUCCCCAACCAUGCUGAGCAAGAAGAAGAAGAAGAAAGAUAAUAUCUACAACCCCACGUGUCUAUAUUAUAUGUAUCUAAUUCAGCAUAGAACAACAAAAAAUGUAAACAAAAAUGGAAGGGACGAUUUUAAUAAAAAUACUUACGAUUAUCGUUUAACUUUAAACGUUUAGGUUAUAGUAGGUUUAGACAUAGAAACAACAUUCAAACGUAUAUUAAAUUAUUUUGUAAAUAAAAUGUUGUUCUUCCUUCUGUUACAGAACUGUCCCGAUGACAAGCGUAAGACAAGUGAGUGUAAAAUAUAAAUUGAUAAUAUUUUAUAGAUUAUAAAAUAUAAAAUUAAAUGUGUAUCGAUGUGUUAUUUUAGAUAAGAAAUGCGAAAAGACACGAAACCGGUACAGGAUGCAAAAAUCAUCGUCGAAAUAAACAUCUGCUGCAAAAUAAAAAAAAAAUAUUUAUAAUUCUUUCUGAAUGACAUCAUGUUUAUCGGUCGUUUAGUUGAAAUACAAAUCUAGCUUCUAGUUUAGCUAUCAUUAUUGAUAGUAUUAUUUGUAGGCAUUAUAAAUUAUUAUUAUUAUUAUUAUUAUUGUUAUUUGUACGUCACGUAUUUAAUACUUUUUGGAAGUUUACAAUAAAAAAAAAAAAAAAAGGAACUUAUCUCAUAUUAAAGUGUAUUCGUCCCAUCACAAAUGAUUUUUCGAUUAUAUAUAUUUUUUUUUUAAAUAAACUAUCUAGUACAAUUAAAAAAAUAAAUAAAUAAUAAAUUAUUAUAAAUUACUAUUAUAAUCUUAUAUACCUAACACGUUAUAAUUUAUACACUAUUAUUAUAACUAUUAUAAUUAUAUUAUUUUCAAAUAAAAAAACAGAAACACAGUAAAACUGAUAAUUAUAAUAUCGUCGUUGUCUCUCGUU